AUGAAGUGUCACCUGCUGGACUCUCUCGUUAGUGCAGAGUGCGACGACGGUGUAAUGUGUUGCUCGGCCAUAGACGACGCUGGGAAACACACGCGGCUGCUUGUGUGGGGCCUGCGCAGGCCGCCCGCGCCCGCUACCUACCCGGCACCAUGCCCGGGCAAGUGCUACACCGUUGUCUCUGCAUCCACCAACUUCGGUUGUAUCACAAACACAUCACCACAAACACAGCUGUCCACUAUCACUGUC